AUGAUUGAGCCGGGCCCGCCAUCGCCGCGCUCGGCGCCGAUCGGCGCCUCGGUCGACCCGACCGAGGACUCCCGCGUCAACGUCGGCGCGCUCGAGGCCAAGUGGGUCGGGUGGUCGGCGGACCUCGAGGAGACGGGCCGGCUGUUUGGCGGCGUCGCGGACGACGUGGACGAGACACCGGAUGGCCUGCUCUCGCCCUUUCCGUCUGACGAGGCGGGCCUCGGCCUCGGCACGCCGCGCCGCGGCUCGGGCAUCUUCCGGCGGCACGUGCGGCGCCGGCCGCUCGAGUGGGUCGUGCGGUGCACGCCCGUCUACUACGGGUGGGUGGCGGCGGGCCUGCAUGUGGUGGCGCAGGUGGUGGCGGCGCCGGGGCAGCCGUACUGCGUCGGCGCCGUCAUCGACUCGCUCGUCCGCGACGCAAGGCCUUCUCUGCUGCGGCGCGACGUCCUCCCUCUGCGCCGCCGCGUCGCGGCUCGCGCUCCUCCUCCUCUGGACAGCGAUGCACGGUCGUGGCGCGCCGCGCUUCUCUGGCUCGGAAUCGCGCUCGCCGUCGCCGCCGCCGCCCUGGGCGCGCUGCACUUUGACGCGGGCGCGGCGGAGCGCGAGGACGCGGUCACUGAUAUGGGCGGUGUCGAGGCCUCGUACAGCCUCGUCCACUCCAUCGUCGCCGCCGUCGUCUUCCACCGCCUCGACCUGCUCACCGACAUCGAGGACCCGGUCCUGGAAACCUCCUCGCGCACCCUCGGGGUCGCGGCCAACCCCGCAGCCUCCGCCGACCCCGCAGCCUCCCUCAACGCCGGCGGGUGCGGCGGCGGCACCGGCCCGUGCGGCACAAACGACGCGCACGUGGCGGCGCGCGCGGCGGGAGCGCUAAGCCUACAGGCGCUCGUCGCGCUCGGCUGCGCAGUGGCGGCGCCGCUGCCGCUGCUGGUGCGGCGGCAGGAGCUGCUGCUGCAGGUCUCGCUGCUGUCCGCCUCCACCGCACUCCUGCUGAUGUCGCACCUGCGCACGAACGUCGCGCACCAGACGGCGUCGCUGCUGCUCGGGGGCGCCUACGCGCUCGCCAACAGCUACAGCACCACCCUGUGGGAGUACUUUUUCGGCGCCGCCGACGCGCAGCGGAUCAAGCAGACCUCGCUCGCAAUCACCUCUGCCACGUCCGGCCUCGCGCCCGAGACGCUCGAGGCGAUCGUGCGGAGGGCGCCCACCUGGGAGCAGCUGCUCGCGCGGCGGCAGCGCGCGACGUACUUCUCCGUCUCGAGCCAGCUCUCGCGCUGCCUCGACUGCUGCGGGUUGGGCGGCUCGCGCGGCUACCGCUGGCAGCGCCCGCCGCUCGAGGUGGACGCGGAUCUGCCGCUCGAGCAGGUAGGGGCCUAG